UCAACCAUGUGUGGUAUAAAAAGGGCUCUAGGCUACAAUUAAUCUUUACAUUGAGAUCUUUCAAAUUUCAUAGAAUAUAACAUAUUUUCCUGGGGUUAAAGUGUGAAAAUGUCAGUUGUGAGAAAAAUAAAGCUGGGAUCACAAGGGCUAAAGGUUUCAGCCAUUGGUCUAGGAUGCAUGGGCAUGUCUUCAGGCUACGGUCCCCCCAAACCAGAAGAAGACAUGAUCAAAGUCAUCCACCACGCCAUCAACUCCGGCGUCACUCACCUCGAUACCUCUGACAUCUACGGACGUCACGCCAACGAAAUCCUUAUCGGCAAGGCAUUAAAGGGAGUAAAGAGAGAGGAUGUUCAAUUGGCUACCAAAUUUGGGAUCAAAGUUGGUGGUCAGUUUGAAAUCAGUGGUGAACCGGAGUACGUUAGAGCUUGUUGUGAAGCCAGUUUGAAGCGGCUUGAUGUUGAUUACAUUGAUCUUUACUAUGUUCAUCGCAUCGAUAAAAAAGUCCCUAUUGAAAUCACUAUGGGAGAAUUGAAGAAACUGGUUGAAGAGGGUAAAAUAAGACACAUUGGUCUAUCUGAGGCUGGUCCAGCAACUAUUAGAAGGGCACACGCGGUUCAUCCCAUAACUGCAGUACAACUGGAGUGGUCUUUGUGGACUAGAGAUGCAGAGGAAGAGGUUAUUCCUACCUGCAGGGAAUUAGGAAUUGGGAUUGUGCCGUUUUGUCCAUUGGGUAGUGGCUUCUUCGCAACGGGUCCAAAGGUGGUGGAAAAUCUGGCAGAUAAUGACUUUAGAAAGGUUCUACCAAGGCUGCAAGGAGAGAACUUUGAUCACAAUAAAGUUGUAUUUGAGCGAGUGAAUGAAAUGGCACAAAAAAAGGGGUGCACCCCGGCACAGUUGGCAUUGGCUUGGGUCCUGCACCAAGGGGAUGAUGUAGGUCCAAUCCCUGGUACAACCAAGAUCACAAAUCUGACCCAGAACCUUGGAGCCCUUGCGGUUAAACUCACACCUCAAGACAUGGCUGAGCUUGAAUCUAUGGCUUCAUUCAAGGGUUCUAGACAGCCUGAAUCGCUUGCAGCUCACAGUUACAAGAACUCUGAUACUCCACCCUUGUCCUCAUGGAAAUCCGAGUAAGAACAUCGGCUUUUUUCAUUGCACGUUUUGUGUGCUAUUAGCCGAGUAAAGACGUUCCCUUAAUAAUGUUGUUUUGUAUUUUUUGUUAUGAUGAGUUUUAUAGUGUCUUGUGUGUUUAUGUUUUUAUCGCUGAUAUUUGAGUUAUUUUGUGAAUGUUCUCUGUUUUGAGUUUUACUUAUAGCAAAGUUUUGGAUA